AUAGCUGAAUGGCAAGCGCUGAUUGGCGGAAAACUUUACAGACAGAAGGCGUGUCGGUCGGAGACAAAACUGCACAUUGGAGUUUGCAACUUUGCACAAGACACGAGAAAGUAGUGGAAAUAAAACCUGUAUUAAAGGUGCUUCAGAGUUACCAGUUGCUGGACAGAGCCGCUAGGGGGCAAUGUCUGAAAACAGCAACAGUGCCAAUGGCAACAGCUGGACUGUUCUUACCCCAGUGGUAAAGGAGUCUGGAGUUGAGAAUGUGGGUCCGGUAGCUGAAGGUCUUAAGGUCGAGGGGCAGCUCUCAAAAGCACCUGAGCCCCCAUCGGAGGCCAAUAGUGACCUGAAGAAGCACUCCUCUGAAGCAUCUGCUCACCAGCCAGAGACAGAGACAUCAUCACAGUUGCUGUCUGACCCAGCGCUCACCCGUGGGUCAGACCAAGCACAGGAAACUCAGGUAACGUCUCCAGAGAGUGAGGGUCGGGCCCAGCUGAAUUCAGCACGUGUCAAUGAAGACCCCAGCUCUGUCAGUGCCACUGUUGAGGACGUCAGCUCCUGGACCCCUGACCAUGAGGAGCGAGAAGCCCUUACAGGUCACUCAGAGAGCCCAGUUUCUCCUGGCACUGAUGUUGAUUCAUUCUCUGACUCAUACACCCACAUAAGUCCUACCUCUGGAUCAAGUCCACUUCCUGCUUCAGUUUGUCAGGAAAGAGACUGGUUUAAAUCAGAUGAGGAGUCUCUGAGGCAAACCAUAACUGAAGAGUCUAAAGAAGUGUUAGAAACAAACAGGAAGGAGUGGGAUGGUUUACGAAAGAGAAAAGUCUCCCACCUGAGCUCUUUGGACAAGACUGAGGCAGAUGAUGAUGAUGAAGAGGGAGAGGAGGAAGACUUUCAGCCCCCUCAAAGAGAAGAGGAAACGGUCUUUUCUUUGAACAAAUGCAUCCUUGCAGCUGUCAUUCUUCUAGGACUAGGAACCAUUUUUUUCUCGGGUAUUCUCAUGGACCUGGAUGGUGAAGCAGACAUGGAUGUUAAAGAGCUGAAGGAUCCAACAAAUCAGGAGUGGCUCAACCCUGAAGUCUCCAGAGACACGCCUGUUGGUCUUCAGCCUCCAGAUAUUUUAAACAAACAGGCAAAGGAAGAUCAGCAAAUAUUGGUACUACAGGCACAACUUCAGCAACAUCAAGGUGAACUGAAAGCAGCGCAGCUUCUGGCAGAGGUGGGAGAAAAAGAGCGUGUGAGGAGAGAAGAGUUGGAGAAGGAGUACCAGAGGAUAAAAGGAGAACUAGACAGAGUACCUGCUCUUCAGAAGGAGCUGGAGCAAGAGAACGAGAGAAUGAAAGAAGAAAAUGUGAGAGCAAAGAAAGAGCUGGAGGCCCUGCCAUCACUGCAGAGAGAACUGGAGCACCUGAGAGCCAAAGUUUCACAGCUCACACAGAGCACAGAAAGUGCAGAUCCUGUGCAUCCCGUCGCAGCCUCUCAGAUUCCCCCUGCUGGAGACAAAAGAGAUGUACCGCCCAUAGAAAGACAAGACAUGAAGCACAGAAAGACUUGGGACAAAAAGAGUGAGGAGAAGGAACAAAGCAAAGGAGACAAAGAAAGGAAAAAGAAGAAAAGUGGAAAAAAGGAAGAUGACAAAGAAAUGAGCAAGAGAGGAACUGAGGGAGAACGUACUAAAGAACAGAAGGACUGGAGAAAAGAUAAAAGCCACCAAGAAGAAGGUAAAGCAGGGAAGAGAAAAGAGGGGAUAAAGGACAAAAAACGAGAUGAUGGUAAAAUGGGGAAAGAGAGUGAAGACAAGAAAGGUUUCAAAGAGUGGCAAGAGAAAAAAGAAUGGAAGGAAGAUAAAAAGGGGAAGAAAGACAAACAUGUAGGACAGGAUGAGAGGAGGGGAGACAAAAAGGACUGGAAGGAUACUGGGAAAAAGAAAGGGAAAGAGGGAAAGGAAUGGAAACUGAGCGGGGAGAGGAAAGAGGACAAAGACUGGAAAAGCGAUAAACAGAGUGGUGGGAAUGACCAUAAAGAAUGGAAAGAGAAAAAGACAGAUGAAUGGAAAGGUGAAAAGGAGUGGAGAAAGAGUGAGGGAAAACACAAUGAUAAAACAGAGAAGAAAUGGAAAGGAGAGCGAGAGUUUGGUGGAAAAGAAAUGAAGGAAAAACAUUGGAGAGAGAAAGAAAGAGAGUCAAAAGAUGAAGAACGGAAAAGAGAGGAAAUAAAGGAGGAGAAAAAAAACAAGGCAUUCUACCAUAAAAAUGAGGGGAAAAGGAGUCCUAAUGAAAAGGAGAAACAGCAGAAGGAGGGGCAUGGAGCACCGGAGGAGACAACCUCCCAUCACCAUUCCGACCAUCAGAACUAUUGGAGCAAACAGAGAGAGCGGAUACAGCACUAUAACGGGCGGCGGGAGACGUGCAGCGGUGUGGCAGACUGCGCUCGAGUCGAGGGGCUCUCUCCGGUCGGCCUGCGGGACUUCGAAACACUUCUCCAAUCCUACCUGAACAAGCUCCAGGAUCCCGAGGACCAGACCUCCAGGGAAGAAGAGCUCCAUAAGCUGGUGAAGGAGUUCUUCACGGAUGGAGUGUUCGCUCAUGAUCAGAUGCCGUUCAGUGAGUUUGUGGAAGAUGUGGGGGACAUUCUGGAGGACAUGGCUGAAGGUGAAGACAGCGACAGCGAGGAAGAGGAGAGUGAUGAUGACGAUGAUGACGAUGAGAUGGAGGAAUUUGAAAGAGAGGCAAUGGAGAAAUUUGCACUUCCAAAGGAAGUGAGGAAGGUUGAGAGGAAGGGAGAGCAGAAGAAAGAGAGCGGAAGAGUGAAAGGUUGAAGGACCCUCAAGGUGAAAUCAACAUCUGGAAACUAUCAGGCCUGAUUUCCUGCUUAAUAAUGUGGAGUGUCAUUUCUAAAGAGCAUAUUCAUUUUGAUCAUUAAGGCUUUGCUUUUUCUUUUCAUAGAUAAAGCACUACUGUAAGGCCUUCAAACACUGUUUCUGCUCACUUGUCAUUUUUACCUUUUAUUUGAACAUGUUACGCAAUAUGCCCAAAAUAUGAGUCAUCUAAAGAUCUGGGGCUGGAUUCAAGAAACUUUCUUAAGAAUAAAACUUGUAACUUUUUAUUUUCUGUUUUAAGAAAUGUUAAGAUUAUUGUGUCUUACCAACAAGAAUUUUUAAGAAUCUUUUGUUUUUCUUAAGAUGGUUCUUUUAAAAUAAACUGACAGAGAAUUAAAAUUUUGGAAAAUGUUAAAAAUCAUUGUAAAUGUCAUCUUCAAAUUAGGAUAUAGACUGAUAUUAAAAAAAUAGAUGGGACCAUUCAAAUAUUUUACCUUUAUUUUACUAGAUACAUAAUACAUAUUACUUCUACCAUAUAUUUUACUUUAAUAAUCUAGCAUACUUGUAAGCUUGUUGGAUGUCUGUUUUAGAUUAAAGUUAGUUAUCAGCCGAGAAAGAGACAGAAAACCCUUUUAGAGAUGAUGAGGUGCUUGCUAACUUAAAAAAAAAAAUAAAAUUAAUAUAUGAAUAAAUUUAUCUGUAAGAUUUGUAGUAUUAUGUUUGUUGUAAUACAAGAUAAAUUUAACCUCAAUUGAAGGUUAGUAUACAAUCAGACAAAGUCAAAUCAUUUUAUCAUUAAAAUGAUUGAUCAUUUUGUCAAGAUAUUCCUGAAUCCAGCUCCAGGAAAGCUUGCUGACAGAGGGAGUUUUCUUGGGACUGAUCUACUGUUAUGGGUUAUGGCACAUCAGGUGUAUAUUUAAGACCUGGCACAUCUCGCACAAACAUAAUAUUUGUCUGGGAAUAUUCAUCAGAAGAAUGUAGUUCAGUGUUGAGUGUGAGAGUUACAGUCAAAGCUCAUUUGUGAUAAUGUUCUUAUUUUGUCUCUUAAAGUAGUCACGUAACUAUCCAUGUGCAUUUUAGGAUCUUACUUGGUGUGUACAGAUAUUGAAUAGAAUUGUUCUGAUAGACUAUGUUCGAGUUUUAUUAAUGUUCAUAAUUUUUAUUAUGCUCUGCUUUUUUUAAAAUUCUUUAAAUUAUUUUGUUUGUCAUUAGGGUUAGGACUUAACCCAUUUUUUUUUUUAUUUGUUUGAGAGUUUCACCAUUAUUUAUUCAUUUUAAUGGAGGAGAACUUUAGUAAAUAACAUGCCUGUAUUGUCUGGCCCUUUUGUAAUUGUUAAAAAGUGUUGCUAUAGCCAACAAAAAUUUAAGCAAAUCCUUAAAGAAAAGUGCCAGCCAUCUUAGUUUUAUGGUGAGUGAAGGUUUGUCAUUUUAAGGUGUGUAAUAUGUGUUUUUCAUCUGAAUCCUAUUGGACUUGUGUCGAGCUACUGUAUAUACACUGUCAGGCAAAACUGCUUGCACAUUUACAGAUUUCACAGAACCUGUGCUUUGUUGAACUAUCUAAUGCAAAAUCUCUUUAACUACUUAAAGGCAGCAUGUAGAAGUUUGUCACAGACCACUAAAUAGUAACAAAAAGUGCAACACAGAUAAAUGUAAGUUUAAUUGCUGAAGUUCAGAUGGUUAUGUUGGUAGUGGGAAAUGUUUUUGCUGUAAAACUUUUUACAGAAUAAAGAGGUGCAUACGGUUA